AUCCAGUAUUGGAAAGAGAAACUACAAAUAUAUGCACAAAAAGCGUGACAGAUAUGAAAGAAAUUAUCAAAAGGAAAUAACAAAAUUUUUCAAGAAAAAUAAGUUUACAAAAACAGUUUCUAAAUCAACACUGAAAGGUCCAGACCAUUACUUUCUGUAUGGCUUAGGGUCCUACUUUGAUGGAGAACAAUUUAAUUCUCAAGAGCAACUGAGCAGCGAACGUAACCGGUUUAGUACGUUCUUUAACUACACGGGGUAUGGAAACCACGCAUCAUUGGCAAGGAAUGGUUUUUAUCACGACCAUAAUGAGGGCACAACGUCAACAAAGUGCUUUAGGUGUGCAGUAAGGCAUUCUGCAUGGACACAAAACGAUGACGUACCAUCUGUCCAUAGACGCCUUUCACCAAACUGUACGCUUCUCAACAGAUACAGCCCCGAUGCUGAACAUGAUGCGAGGGAAUUUGUACGAUACAGGACCCACACACCAGAAAGACCAACUGAGCGUAGUUCUACCGCAUCGGGUGUAUCUGAAGCACAGAGAUACAUAAAUCUCGCCAAUACAAAACACACAAUGAAAUACGGGAAUCAAGAACAACAGCCAGUAAAUCUAGAAGAAAGCAACCAAGCUUUUGAAAGAUCUUGCCAAAGUAGUGCAAUGACGCAUCUUAACCAAGUGUCAAAUCAAACUUGUAUCACAGAUGAAUCAGGAUACAAUAUGAACUCCGAGUUACCUGUAGCACCGCUCGGAUUAAAUCCGCGGGAAUCUAACACGCAAUCAUCUCAAGACAGGCAACUUCAGACAAGAAAUCUUCCAAUCGCAAGUACAAGCGCAGUGCAAGUUAGGUCACCAUUCGACGAGACAGUGAAUAAUCCUAAGCAUCCCGACCAGAGCAGCUUAGAUGCUAGGAUACGUUCGUAUCAAGACUGGCAAGAAUAUCGCACGAAGACGCCAAAGGAGCUUGCAGAGGCUGGAUUCUUCUUUACUGGUAGCGCAGACUUCGUACGUUGCUUCUGUUGCGGUGUUGGUCUAAGUCUAAGAAACUGGGCAGCAGAUGACCCUGUGGAAGAACAUGAAAGAUGGUUUCCACCCUGUGAAUAUAUAAGAGCAGUAAAGGAAAAAAGAUAUGUCGCCGAAGCACAAAGACGUACUUCCGAAAAUAUGGCAGGACAACAAGAGCAAUUUGGUGGAAGAGCUGAAAUGAUAACAGUUUAUGUUGGAACAAGUUCAACACAAAAAGUUAAAAUGACCAGCCUAUCAGGGAAAACAAGUUUCUCUAGUUGUGUCCAUACUGGAACCCUUGAAGUUGUGGUUGUAAUGCAGGAAAUGGGCAUUUCAGCUGAUCAUGCCAGGGAGGCUGUAUUGGCAGUUAGACAACAAACAGGUGAAUAUCAGGUGACACCAGACCAAGCACUGAACUGGUUUUUAGAUAAUGAAAGACGUAUCGGGCGUGCCAGCACAGAAGCAGUUUCUGCGGAGGCGGAGAACCGGAAGUUAAAAGAGUUGACCAGUUGCAAGAUUUGUAUGGAGCAAACUAUGUGUAUUACCUUUUUACCUUGUGGUCAUUUGCUGUGCUGUGAGAGGUGUGCGGUACAGGUAAAACGGUGUCCCACGUGCAGAGAAAAGAUAACGGGCACCGUGAAAACAUUUAUGCCACUGUGAGGAAUAAAGUCUUUGCUUUGCAAAGGAAGCUCAGCUGUGAAGGAGAAGAGCACCAGACUCCUUCCCAAGAGAUUGUCGGUUCGGAAGCCAUCAGGGAUGGACUUAGAACUCCAACUCUUAAGUCCUGCUUUUGUCCAUGUAGCAACUAUCGAUCAGUUCAUACCCAAUGAUAUGUGAUCGGUGUAAAGCAAACCAGAUGUCUAGUGAGACUCGGCAGCCGGCAGAUCUGUACUGCAAGCUACGUGCGUGGAGUGGGCGCAUAUAAAAUAGUGCGUGUGUGUAUGUAUCGGAGCACUGUGAUUGGUUAUUACGAUAUAUCAUAUAUAUUUUAGAGAAUUUGGGAUUUCAUAUUGGAACGAGACCAUGUGCCUUUCUGUUUUGUAUUUAUGUUAACUAAUAUCUGAUAUGUAAGGGUCAGCGUUAGGUAUGUUCUGCUUGGUCUCUUUUUAGGGGUUGCUAGUGUUAGAAAAAAGUUAGAAAAAUACAUGUACUUGUGUAAACGACUUCUUCUCACGAUGCAUCUUCACAAAACGUAGUCUGUAGCAUUCUUCUGUAGACCUCUCUCAAGUUUGUAUCGCUUGGUCACAUAGCAUUUCCGCAGGAGUAAAUGGUUCAACCCUGGCACUGCAUUUUAAAAUUAUAAAAGACAUGUAGAUAAACAGUGUGUGCAUUGCUUUUAAUGCAACAACAGGCAUAUGAUUUGGAAAUGCUAUAGUGAGACUAGCUCGAGCUGUUUAGUUCAAAAUUAUUACUAUAUUUUCUAUAUUCACGUCAAAGGCCAAAACUCCACUAGAUGUGUAGGAACCUUGCACUGACUUCUCUCAUGGUUGUUAAAAUGGUUCUGCUUGGCACCUUAUAAGGAAAGCCAGGACUAAAAAUAGAUAAAAACCUUUGAGCCACCACUUCUUUUCAUAACCUGCUUGUGGAUCUUCACCAAACUUGGUCUUUAACAAGCAUCCUUGCAUGAACCUCUGUCAAAAUUGCUCGGGUGUUUAUGUUUGAGCUCUUUUAACGGGCCACCAGAGUUUAAAACAGAAAAAAUGUUCUUGACGUGAACCGCUCAAUAGAUCUUCAACAAACAUGGUUUGUAGCAAUCAGGGAUGGCCCUUUCUCAAUUGUUUGUGAAGUGGUUUUGCUUAACUGCACCAAAAGGCCGUUGAAGCUUCAAAAGGAAAACGUUUUCUUCUCAUGGGCGGCUUGGUGGGUGUUCGCUUAUCUUGUUCCGAAGCAUCCUCCCAAGGUUUUGAAAUGGUUCCACUGUCUAUCAUAUUUCGAGUUGAGUUCAUGCCAUGAAUUCCCAGUCCAAUACUACCACUUUAUAUUUCCCGCAGUAGCGUACUAUGACAAGUCUAUAUCUGCAUGUAGUUCUCGCGUGGCUAUCAGUGUGUAACAUUAUCGUAUUCGCAUUAACCGUUAAUAAAUAGGCUAUAUUAUUUAUUUUUACCCAUCGGUAUUCAAGAAAUUACUGGAAGUUUUAAAGACCCACCACGACCUAGUUUCCUACUUUUUCCUCCCACAUGGACUUGAUGCAAAUAAUUCUGGUAAUACUGGUAUAAUACAGGUAUUCUACAAGAUGACAGGUGGACAAUUUAGGCCCUGUUUUCACAACUUCAUCCGACAAUUUAUUCAAGCAUUCUCUUUUCAGUAUGGUUUUAUAAACAUAGAAUGAUAACUAUCUUACACUGUAGAAACAAAGUGUGGUCUAAACUCAUCUUUUUAAUACAUGAAGUACCGUGCAUACUACUACAUUAAUUUAAUAAUAUAUUUAGACAUUAAAUACAUUGUCUUAGCCUUAUAUAUGUCACUGUCAAAUUGUAACUAGACACUUGCUAUUUCUCAUUUUCUCCAUGCAAAAAAAAUGUAUAAUUACCAUCAUGGAAAUACAAAAUAUUACAGUUGUUUUGUGGUGCGUCUUUAAGGUAACUUGACAAACAGCCACUACUGACUUUGACAUUUUAUAGGGAAAAUACAAGUAUAUAUAACUCUCAAAAUAUACUAAGUAUUUAAAGUUUAACCUCAAACAAGAGCUGUCACUAUUAGUGACAAACACCCCGAAGUAUGCCCAAGAAUGCUACAGUUGUCUGCGCAAAAUAUGCCAGAAUAGUUUAGGUAUGAAGAAUUUUGUGACCAGAUAAAAAAAGUUCUCCGAAGGUAACCUUGACCUUGGAGCUAGGGGUCUGGGUCCGGUGCUCACAAAACCCGAUCACAAUGUUAAUUGGCAUAAUAGCCAACAUUUGCUGUAACUUAGUCUUUAAACAUCAUUCCCGUCAAGUUAUAAUCAUCUUCUCCAAACUUGUUACAUAGCAUUCUUAUAUGGACAUAUCUCUAUUUUGUUCAGAUGGUACAGCUUAUUAGACAUUUACGGAUUAAGUCUACGUGGACUGUGAACACCUAGGACGAUCGAUUUUUCAAGGGGACCGUCUCAACAUGAUAAUUUUAAUUUAUGUUUGGUAGGAAAACAUUUCUAUAAUGAUGGUAAGGUCUGGCUUAAUAUGUCACUGCACAGGAUAAUAUUUGGAUUUGUCUGUCCGUCCGUCAGUUCGCCAGAGAAAUGUUUUGUUAUACAUAUCGCAAAAAGUAUUUGAUCUAGCGUCAUAACAUUUUCCUGAAAUGUUCUUCAAUAUUAUAAUUUGCGCAUCUGCGACAAAGUUGAAAAGAUGAGCUAGUCUGAUCGCAAUGUAUCCGUAUUCCAUUGUCGUCGUCGUCCAACAUGAAAAAAAUCUAAACUGGGUCAGUUAGGAUCAAAAUGUAGGUCAGCAGGUAAAACAUUGUGAAAACUGUAGAAAACGUAAUAUCAUGCGUCCCCAUUCCUUUGUUGUUAUUAUACGCCCGAAGGGACGUAUUUUGGGAUACCACAGGUGUUCAUCUGGCUGUCUGUCUGUCUGUCUGUUUGUCCUUCUGUCCGUUAACAAUUUCGUGUCGACUCCGCUCCUUUAAGGAUUUUAAACAAACUUGAAACAAAUGUUAUCUACAUCAGGAGGACGUGCAGAGCACCUGUAUCAGGUGGUUUGCUUUAAGGUCAAGGUCACACUUAGGGGUCAAGGUCAUAUGACUUUGUUUAGUGCCCGCUCUGUAACUCUUGAUCUGUAUGAGGGAUUUUAAAUAAACAUUGCACAAAUGUCCACCACAUCGAGUCGACGUGCAGAGCGCAUGUUUUGGAUGGCUAGAUACAAGGUCAAGGUCACACUAAGGGGUCAAAAGUUAUAUAACUUUGUUUCGAGUGCGACGUGUACCUGUUGAACUGCUUAAAGGAUUUUAAAGAAACUUGGCACAAAUGUUCACCACAUUGAGACGACGUGCAGAGCGCAUGGCUCGCUUCAAGGUCAGGGUCACACUUAGGGGUCAAAGGUCACAUGACUUUGUUUUGUGUUUAUGUUGCUUUGCAUUGCGGUGCUCUUGGUUUUAUUUGGCAUACCCAUUUUUUGUUCACUUACAAUAUUUUUUUAUUGAAUUACUUCCCUUUUAUGUUACUAUAAAUAGGUUAUUUUGUAACAUUUUUAUUAUUGGCCGUACGGAAAAAGCCGAUACCACUUUUCUGUGGUACAACAUGGAUGGUACCUGCAAAGUUAAGGUGUAUUUUGACAUAUCUGUACCUGGUAAUGAUUUUAGUGGACUUAGAGUUUUUCGGGGAAUUUCUUCCCUUUGUUGUCCUUUUCGUUUGGGCUUCAACAGUAAAGUUCUUUAAAUUUUGCUCCCAUCCCCUGAUAUAAUCCUUCGGGCGUAUAUUGCCCUGCUUGGCGGAGCACUUGUUAUUUCUGUAUUAUCCGCCUUAAAGACUUUGUAUUCGAAUAACUUUAUUGUUUUAAUUUGUCAGUAGUGGAUGGACGAAGAGAUGGACAGCUUUUUUACUAGAUAAAUGAACGGAAGAUAGGAAAAUAAUCAAAAUAAAAAUUCUCCCGAUUUCAUGAUACUGUAUUAUGGCAUAAACAUGAAUUAAAUGAAAUUCAUUUCUUGUUGACAGUUUUCAGUUUAUACACUCAAUCCGUUAUGUUUACUUCUACACACAAGGGAUGCACACACAUGUACGUAGAAACUAGGCCUUCAGACUGUUGAAAAGGUAUUUCUAUGAUAUGACCUAUCGACUGACUUUUAUAUCCAAGAUAACUGUAUUUUAAUUUUUUAUACAUUUAAAAAGAGAAAUGUUCUGUCUUUGGACUAAAUUUCAUAAAGAAAAUGUGGCAUCAAGAGUAAGUAUAAAGUUUUCAAAAAAGGUAGAUAAUUAAAAAAUGGGACGACCUAGAUUAUGGUUCCUUGUCCCUACACUCCUUCUCACUGACUUCUAUCAGUUUGUAAAGUAUGAAAUCUAUCUUGCAUAGUAUUCGAGUUAUGCCCCAAAGAAGGUUUAAAAAUGGAGAUU